UGCUUUAUCAAGCUAGCCGUUUUAUACGUACUAGGUUUUAAUCAGAGCUUAAUAUAUCAACAUAUUACAGUUAAUCUUAAUUGUGCCGUACCACUGAAUGAAAAAUUGAAAAUGCUGGACAUAACAAAUUUUGUGAGCUUGCUUAUUGCAUUACUUACGAUGUUUUGGAUAGCUAUGCGGGCAAAGAUAUUCAGUAAAAAGCGAUACCCACCUGGACCAUGGGGAAUCCCUCUUCUCGGUCAUUUACAUUUGUUAGGCGAUAACCCAGAGCGAAAAUAUUUACAAUGGUGGCAACGGUAUGGUGAUGUUGUGAAAAUACGGUUUGGGAGUUGGAACGCUAUUGUUGUGAAUGGGUAUGACACAAUUAAAGAUGUAGCAGAAAGAAAGGAUGAUGUGUUUUCUGGAAGACCUAAUUUUGUGACACAAGUUGUUUUAAGGGAAGCAUUUGGAGGAAUAGAGGCUCUCACUUUCGUUAACUUCUCUCCAAAGUACCUACAACUACGGAAAAGAACAGCUACAGCCUUACGCAGUUAUUUGAGUAAGUGUGAAUAUUGUCCGGAGGAUUUGUUUAGAGAAGAAGCUGAAAAAUUGACAGAGAAGCUUUUAAGAUAUCCCAGUGACGAUGCUGUGUCCGUAGUUUCAGAUGUCGAACUUGCCGUAGUAAGUGUUUUAUAUCAAAUGUUAUACGGGAAAGGAAAGGAAAGCGAAAUAGCACCUCAUUUGAACUCGAUUGUAGAAACAACAGCUACGUUUAACAAGUUUGUAGGUUCGGGUAAUAUAUUUGACGUAAUACCAUGGUUACAAUAUGUUAUGAAAGGUAAGGUGGAACAGUUCAAAGAAGCGGUAUUAUCUACGGAUUGGAUUACAAAGGCUAAAAUAGAAGAGCACAGACUCUCGUUUCAGAAAGGACAAACGAGAGAUGUAUUAGAUGCUUUGUGUGACCUCUCCGCGGAUUUACCUUCUUGCGAAAGCGUUGACAGUGUUUCAAGUCUGCAUCUAAUGUACCAGGUUGCAGCGUUGCAAGGCGCUGGCUUUGACACCACAAGCCGCACCAUUUUAUUCAUCAUCCUGUAUUUGAUUGCCUAUCCAGAUGUGCAAGAACGUGUUCAAAAAGAGGUGGAUGAUGUUUUAGGUAGCAGCAAGAUUGUCAAGUGGAAAGAUCGUGAUACUCUUCCAUACUUAAACGCCACCAUAUAUGAAGUGAUGAGAAAAACUACCGUAGUUCCUUUCGCAAUACCGCAUUAUACUCUUAAUGAUACGGAAUUGCGUGGUUAUGACAUCGACAAAGAUACAGUUGUCUUCUUAAAUCUUCACUCUGUGGCAAACGAGAAGUCCUUUUGGGGAGAUCCUGAAAAUUUUCGACCAGAAAGACUUCUCGAUGAAGAUGGUAUGCUUGAUGCAGAAAAAUGUUCACAUAUUAUGACAUUCAGUGCCGGAAGACGACGGUGUGUAGGUGAUGUGAUAGCGAAAAUGAACAUUUUUAUCCUGAUAACAACACUGAUGCAGCGUUGUUCCUUUAAGAAAGCUGAUGGUCACGACGUUGACUUUGAGCCCGUCCGAAGUCUAGUUCUUUCGCCGAAACCGUUUAUGGUUAAUGUAAAUAGAAGAUACUAAACUAGUAAGGUGUUCAUAGUUCAAUAUAAUGCGUACAGAAAUGAAAAAAAAAAAAACUGUUUGAUAAAAUAUUGGUUGAAAACUGUUGACCCUCUGCAGUGGCAAUUGGGUAUGUAGAAAAAUCAGUCGUUAUUUUACUAAAUAAAUGAUCAGCCAAUGAGUCGACAAUAUAGAGCAAUGUUUUCAUGACAGUAAUUAUACAUAGUUUGCAUCGAAAAAUUGAUAGUUACGGGAAACUUCUUUGUAUUUACAAUUGAUGUUUAAUUAUCUCAAAUGUGAUAAUUUAUCAAUGAAGCACAUGCAGAGUAACUGUAACUGGUGCAUUUGGUUGAUAUUUUGCCUCAAAAGUGGAUAUUUUGAUAUGUGCACAACUUUGCUUCUAUAUCUUCAAACUAUAUGGAAGAAAAAUUCACAUAAUAAAAUAGCAAGAAUGAACAUAUGUGAAAAUGCAAUAAAAUAGAAUGGGCAUAUAGCUGUAUUGUAGGUUAUAACUGUAUACAGAGAAUAUAAAUUUAUUGUCUUUUGAAUUAAAACAAAGCACCUGAUUUACAAAGAAAAGCAUGUCAUUUCUUCUGCAA